AUGAAGCAUCUAUCCAUUUCUAACUGGCUAACCGGGCUGGGUCUCCCAGAAUAUUGCAUGCUCUUUGAUAAACAAUACGAUGGUGUAGAGGACUUACUACAUCUGACAGAAGUUGAUCUUAGGAAAAUGGGAAUUGAGAACCAAAUCCACCGAACACACAUCCUUUCCAAUAUCCUGCUGCUUCAGGAGGCAGAAAGAAAAAGAGAGCUGAGAAUGAUAGCUGCUGGAAAACUUGCAAGUCUCCCCAGAAACAUGCAGGUGAACCAUCAGUUCUCACUGGCUUCGUCUAUGGAUCUUUUGAGCAGCAAACCUCCUCUGGCUGAGCAUCGCGUAGACUCCUAUCAAGAUGUUUCUAUCCAUGGCACUCUCCCAAGGAAGAAAAAGGGGACCAUUCCCAUUAGAUCUUGUGAUAUGUUUAGCCAUAUGGGAACCCUGCCAUUCUCCAGAACACAUAGGCAGCAGUCACCUUUGAUUCAAGAUGUCAUAGAGGAGUAUCCCCUGCAAGAUAGGAAGAGUGAGAAACUCCACUUCAGAGGUCAGAAUAUCCUGGAUCCAGCUAUGGAAUAUGUGAAGUUUUCUAGGGAGAGGCAGGUUAUGGACAACACCCCGGAAAAGCUGAAGAAAGAGUUAGAGGAAGAGCUGCUGUUGAGCAGCGAAGACUUACGUAGCCAUGCUUGGUACCAUGGACGCAUUCCUCGGCAGGUGGCAGAAAGCCUAGUUCAGAGAGAUGGAGAUUUCCUGAUUAGGGAUUCUCUCUCCAGUCCUGGAAACUUUGUUCUUACCUGUCAGUGGAAAAACAUCUCUCAACAUUUCAAAAUCAACAGAACAGUCCUCAGACUCAAUGAAGCCUACUGCCGCAUUCAGUAUCAGUUCGAACUUGAAAGUUUCGACAGCAUCCCUGGGUUAGUGAGAUGUUAUGUGGGGAAUCGCAGGCCAGUAUCAAAGCAGAGUGGAGCAAUUAUUUUUCAGCCUAUCAACAGGACCGUGCCACUGAGGUGUCUAGAGGAAAAGUACGGAGUAUCUCCAGUUCGACAAAAGGAAUGCAAUAUCACUGAAGGAAAAACAGAGACUGCAAAAAGGCUGAGCCUCAGUAUAUACGGCGUGCAGUCCCAGGAGCACAGCUUAACCAGAGGAAAUCUUUUAAGAAACAAAGAAAAAAGUGGUAGCCAGCCAGCUAGUUUGGAUCACGUCCAGGAGAAAAGAUUCCCCCUAAAGGCUCACCAGUCAGAAAGCUACCUGCCAAUAGGUUCGAGGCAUCCAUCUCAGCUACCUGAAGUAGAUACAAGCCCAUGUUCAAAUUCCCCUGCAUUUAGAACAGGCAGUGAACCUACUCUAAGCCCCACAGUAGUUCGGAGGGUCGCUUCCGAGUCGCCAGUAGGAGAAGCUCUUAGAGGAUCAGACAGCCAGCUCUGUCCCAAGCCUCCACCUAAACCCAACAAAGUGCCCUUGCUGAGGCAACCUCAGUCUCCUUUAGCUUGGCACAGUUCAGAGGCACACUACUGUGAAUUAAACCCUGCUACCUCCAUAGACUGUGGAGCAACACAGCAAUCUCUGUCUCAGAAGAGCAGCUACGUGGAACAUCUGAUAGCUAAAGAGAAUGGAUUGCUCUCAUUCAGGAACUCUGAAACAAGUUAUCUGAUCCAUGAAGAUGAUGCCUUACAGAGCUCAAUGGAUCCAUUAGCAGUUUGGACAGAGAUGGCUGAAGAGGGCAGCAUGUUUGUAGCACCUGUUCUUGAGACAGUAUCCAGUUUUAAACCAAAUGAUUUUGAAUCCAAACUUCUUCCUCCUGAAAACAAGCCACUUGAAACACCAAUGUUAAAAAGAGUUAAGGAGCUAUUCACCAACAGUAAUCCAAAGAUUAUUGCCCGGCAUAUGCUUAGAAUGGACUGCAAGGUUGCUAGGAUACUAGAGGUCUCUGAAGAGAUGAGGAGGAGGAUGGGAGUGAGAUCAGGUCUGGAGCUCAUUACAUUGCCCUAUGGACACCAACUGCGCUUGGACAUAAUUGAAAGACACAACACCAUGGCAAUCGGAAUAGCUGUGGAUAUUUUGGGCUGCACAGGAAACUUAGAAGAGAGGGCUGCGACGUUAAACAGGAUCAUCCAGGUAGCAGUGGAACUGAAGGACUGCCUGGGGGAUUUGUACGCAUUCUCUGCUGUCAUGAAAGCACUUGAAAUGCCACAGAUCGCAAGGUUAGAACAAACAUGGAUCACUUUACGGCACCACUACACCCAAACUGCCAUUACAUAUGAAAAGCAGUUGAAGCCAUUCAGCAAAGCUCUGCAUGAAGGAAGAGAGACCAUCUGUGCUCCACAAAACAACAUAACUGUGCCCCUGCUGAUGCCCUCGGUUACCUUGAUGGAGCGACAGGUUGUCAUUUUUGAUGGGAUGGACCUGUGGGAAAACACCGACCAAAGCUGUGAAAUAAUGCUCAAGCAUUUAGCCACAGCCCGUUUUAUAGCACAAAAUGCUGACAUGUACAGAAUGACUGCGGAAAGGAUACUGGAAGGUUUUCAGCCAGAUGAUGAGAUGAGUGAGAUCUUCAAGACAGAAUUUCAAAUGAGAUUGUUAUGGGGCAGCAAAGGAGCACAAGUUAAUCAGAGAGAGAGAUAUGAGAAAUUCAACCAGAUUUUAACUGCACUCUCCCGAAAAUUAGAACCUCCUCCAGUGAAACAGGUAGAGCAAUGAAAUAUCAAAUGGACCCUUAAGAUAUGAUUACUUCAAGUUUGCCAUUUAAUUUAAUUAAAAGAAAUUGCCAAUUUGUCACUGUACAAGCCUUUAGCAUUCACCGGAUCUUUAGGACUUGUAAAUUGCACAAUGCACAUUUAUGAAUUGUUUAAAAACUACUGAUUUCUAAAUAAAUUUAUUUAUUAAUAUGUAACCAUGUCAAUUUAAUAAUUUCUUGAACAGUCAAAUUUAAGAUAGUCUGCAUAAUGUAUUCUUGUGAUUUACAAAAAUGUCUAUUGAUGUCUACUAGUCAUUACUAUUGGUGUUUUACUUAAUGUUAUCAGUAAUGAAACAGUGUACUGUAAAUAAAAAAUGCUAGGUAUUUUAGAAAAUAUCAGUUGUAUGAUAUUCCUUACAUGAAUAUGAAC